AUGCAACAUCUUUUGCUCAUAGCUUUUCUUUCUGCUUCUCUGUUCCUUCCUUACCCUCCUUGUGCCAAAGGGGCUGAUCUGAACUCUGACAAGCAAGCCCUUCUUGCAUUUGCUUCGUCUCUGCCUCAUGCAAGAAAGAUCAACUGGACCCUCACAACGCAGGUCUGCACAUCUUGGGUUGGGGUUACAUGCACACCAGAUGGGAAGCGUGUGCGUAUGCUGCGACUACCUGCAGUAGGACUAUUUGGUCCUAUGCCCUCGAACAUACUUGGCAAGCUUGAUGCCUUAGAGGUGUUAAGCCUUCGGUCCAAUCGUCUUACUGUUAGCCUACCCCCUGAUGUAGCAUCCAUUCCUUCUCUGCACUCUCUUUACCUUCAGCGCAACAACUUGUCGGGCAUAAUACCUACAUCACUAUCCUCAAAUCUAGCAUACCUCGACCUGUCGUACAAUACAUUUGUUGGAGAAAUCCCAUUGAAAGUGCAAAAUAUGACUGAGCUUACUGGGUUGUCUCUCCAGAACAACUCUCUUUCUGGACCCAUCCCUGAUCUUCACCUUCCCAAACUGAGAUAUUUGAACUUGAGCUAUAAUAACCUCAGUGGGCCCAUUCCGGCUUCUCUGCAGAAGUAUCCAGCCAGUUCUUUCUUGGGGAAUGCUUUUCUAUGUGGGUUUCCCCUGGAACCAUGUCCAGGGACCACACCUUCUCCUUCUCCGAAUGCACCACCUUCCCAGGAAAGUAAUUUGGAAAAGUUUUGGGGAAAGCAUCACAAAAUUAUCAUAAUUGCAAUACUUGCUGGAGGAGCGGCAAUAUUGUUGAUUUUGAUUAUCAUACUCGUGAUAUGCAUCUGCAAGAGAAAGAGAGAUGGAGAGCCUCGCGCAGCCUCAUCCUCAUCCAAAGGGAAGGGUGUUGCGGGUGGAAGAGGAGACAAAUCCAAGCCAGAAUACAGCAGUGGUGUUCAAGAAGCAGAGAGGAACAAAUUAGUUUUCUUUGAGGGCUGUUCAUAUAAUUUUGACUUGGAGGAUCUGUUGAGGGCUUCAGCUGAAGUCCUUGGAAAAGGAAGCUACGGCACGACCUACAAAGCUGUUCUUGAGGAUGGCACGACAGUGGUGGUCAAGAGGCUGAAGGAGGUGGUGGCGGGAAAGAAGGAAUUUGAACAGCAAAUGGAGAUAAUUGACAGGCUUGGCCAGCACCAGGGUGUUGUUCCCUUGCGUGCUUUCUAUUACUCCAAGGACGAGAAGCUCUUGGUCUAUGACUAUGUUACACCGGGUAGCCUUUCAGCUGCUUUGCAUGGGAACAAAUCUGCUGGAAGAGCACCACUGGACUGGGAGACGAGAGUGAAGAUAUCGCUCGGCGCCGCACGAGCGAUCGCUCAUCUUCACACCGGAGCAGGCGGCAAGUUCAUCCACGGCAACAUCAAGUCGAACAACAUCAUCCUCUCGCGGGAGCUGAGCGCGUGCGCCUCGGACUUUGGCCUUGCGCAGCUCAUGGCCACCCCUCACUUCCACCCGCGGCUUGUCGGGUACCGCGCGCCGGAGGUCCUGGAGGCCAAGAAGCCGACGCAAAAGUCUGACGUGUACAGCUUCGGCGUGCUGCUCUUGGAGAUGCUUACCGGGAAGGCCCCCCUCCGGUCCCCCGGCCGCGACGACUCCAUCGAGCACCUCCCGAGGUGGGUGCAGUCUGUGGUCCGGGAGGAGUGGACGUCAGAGGUUUUCGACGUCGACCUGCAGAGGCACCCCAACACCGAGGACGAGAUGGUGCAGCUGCUCCAAGUCGCCAUGGCGUGCGUCGCCGUUCAUCCGGACCAGCGGCCGAGGAUGGAGCAGGUCGUCAGGAGGAUCGAGGAGAUCCGGAGCUCCGGCUCCGGGACGACGACGAGGACGUCUCCCGAGGACAAGCCGAGGGAAGAGCACAUCCAGAUCACCUGA